AAUAUAUAUAAGGCUCCGCAGUUAUAUUGGAGCAACCGGGCACUGUUCAAUUCUCUCUCAAUCAAAACAAACAACGAAAUUAAUUACAAAAGUUAAAGUUAGAGUCUUUGUAAGGAACAACUACUGGCUUUUUUUUUUCUUUCAUUAUUAUCAGUAUCAGUUAUAUCAUGGUGAAGGACUAACAUAAGUCUAUCAAAGUAUCACUUCUUCUCUCCUUGUUUCUUCUUUUCCAUUAAGUAAACUACUGUAAAAAGUUAGUUUCUUUAAUCAUGGCGAAGAAGACCGGUACUACCACUUCUUGGUUGACUGUCGUUAAAAGGGUCUUCAGAUCUCCAACUAAAGAUGAUAAUGGGAAAAAGAGUUGCAGAAGAAGAGACGAGAAUCGUGAAAUUGAAGAAGAAAAAGAAGAAGAAGAAAAGAGAGAUAAAAGAAGAUGGCUUUUCCGGAAGCCAGCUCUUCAUCAUAUUGAUGAGCCUCGUGAGCCAAAGUCAAACAAAAAUUUAAACCCUGUCAUGGUUGCUGCGGAAAAAAGUCAUGCAAUGGCUGUGGCUGCAGCCACGGCUGCUGCUGCUGAGGCUGUGGCGGCCACGGCCCAAGCGGCGGUGGAGAUUGUCAGGCUCACUAGGCAUUCGAGUUCCAUUAAUGAACACUAUUACGCUGCUGUAGUCAUUCAAACAGCUUUCAGAGGUUACUUGGCAAGGAGAGCACUACGUGCACUUAAAGGGCUUGUGAAGCUUCAAGCCUUGGUUAGAGGACAGAACGUGAGAAAACAAGCUAAGUUGACACUGAAAUGCAUGCAAGCACUGGUUCGAGUUCAAGAUCAGGUACGGCAUCAACGAGCGAGGCUCUCACUCGAAGGGAGUAGUAGUAGUAGUAGUCGUCGUAGGAAGUCAAUGUUCGAUGAAAUUAGCUGCAGCUUAUGGGAUUCGACGUACCUUCAGGAUAUUCGAAAUAGAUUAUCACUAUCAAGAGAGACUAGUCGUGGUGCAGAAUAUGACUGGGAUUACUGUCCUCAAACGAACGAGGAUAUUGAAGCCAAGCUACAAAAUCGAAAGGAAGCUUCUUUGAAACGUGAAAAGGCUCUUGCCUAUGCUUUCUCUCAUAAGAUAUGGAGAAGUGGGAAGAACCCAUCUGCUGGGAACGAAGAGGAGCUAGAAGAGAGGAGUAAAUGGCUUGACCGUUGGAUGGCCACAAAACAAUGGGAAAACACAAGUGAACAGAGAAGGGACACUAAUAUUAUAAGGACAGUUGAAGUGGACACUUCUGCUACUUCAGGGUCACUCUCUUCCUGCUCUGUCCCAAACUUUCGAAAGCAACAUCUUCAUCAUCAACAACCCCAUAAAGCCCAACAACCAGGCCCACAUGUCGGCCCAAACAUUAGUUCAUCAUCAUCUCCGAUCCACAGAGCCCAAUACACAGUCCCUUUCAGCCAAUAUUCCUCACCAGCCACUCCCUCUCCCUCGAAACCAAAGCCCCUCAAACUCAAACUGCGUUCGGCAAGCCCAAGGUGCUCAAAAGAAGAGAAGUGCUACUCUGCGGCGCACACACCGAACAUUGGUAGUGGCCCCACGUGUCGUUUUGGGAGUGUUCCAAAUUACAUGGCGGCCACCGAGUCUGCCAAGGCUCGUGCUCGCCCACUCAGCGCACCUAGACAGAGGCCCUCCACGCCUGAGAGAGACCAACGUGGAGGAGGCGGCACUGGCUGUGGUUCAGCCAAGAAACGACUCUAUUACCCAGUUCUCGAGCUGCAAAACGACGCCGCUGGAAAUGGCGGGUGUGGCAGUUUUUGUAGUACUACAACUACUAGCCAGCAGUUGAGGAGCCCCAGCUUCAAGAGUGUGCAGAACGGGUUUUAUGGAAUGGAGAGCUUGUCUUCUUGUUACACCGAGAGCCUUAUUGGUAGAGAUCUUUCUCCAUGUUCGACCACUGAUCUUAGAUGGUUAAAAUGAAGAAAAAAGGAGCGUUAUAAUCAAUAUUAUCAUCGUAUGAUUCUCAAACUUGUUUUUGAACCUUUUUUAAGACUGAAAACUAGUGAUUUUUCAUGUUUCAUUUGAGCUAAAAAUGGUGACCCUUUUUUGGACUACGCUUGUAUUUUAAUAUACAUAAUUCUUGGUUUACGUUA